AUGGAGAUAACAUUUACUGUAAAGUGAGCUUUAGUUACUGGAGCUGGCAAAGGGAUUGGACGGUCCACCGCACUGGCUCUGGCACGUUGUGAGGCAGAGGUCACGGCUGUCACAUGCACUAAAGCUGACCUGGAUAGCCUAGUGCAGGAGUUGCCCUCCAUUAAACCGAUAUGCGUGGACCUGUCGGACUAGGAUGCCACAGAGCGGGCGCUGAGAGAUGUUGGUCCAGUGGAUCUGCUGGUGAACAAUGCAGCCUGUGAAACUCAGCCCUUUUUGGAGGUCACGCCAGAUCAAUUUGACAAGUCUUUCAAUGUCAACGUGAAAGCUGCACUUCAUGUUGAUCAAAUUGUAGCUCGAGGUAUGAAGGCCAGAGGAAGUGGAGGCUCCGUUGUGAACAUCUCUAGCCAGGCUUCCAAGUCUGCUCUUAAAGACCGUGCCACAUAAGGAGCUUUGGACAUGCUGACCAAAGUGAUGGCGCUGGAGUUGGGGCCAUAUCAGAUAAGAGUAAACGCAGUGAAUCCAACCGUGGUGAUGACAGAUUUGGGUAAGAUUGGAUGGAGUGACCCAGUAAAGGCCAAAAGCAUGACAUCACGUAUCCCACUGGGAAAAUUUGCAAAAGUGGAGGAUGUGGUAAAUUCCAUCCUCUUCCUCCUCAGCGAUAAGAGUGCCAUGACCAAUGGGGUGAUGCUGCUAGUAGAUGGGGGUUUUCUGGCCUGCUAA